GCAGCAGCAGCAGGAGGAGGAGGAGGACGAGCAGGACGAGCAUCAGGCGGAGCAGAUGGAGGAGCAGCAGCAGCAGGAGGAGGAGCAGCAGGAGGAGCAGGAGCAGCAGCAGCAGCAGCAGGAGGUGAAGACGAAGAUCCAAAUGUUGUUUCGGUAGAAAAUCAAAUCCCAGCUGGAGCUGAUCCUCCAAUCAGAGGGCUGCAGACAGACUGCCCCCCCUCACAGAGUCCAGGUACAGACUGUAGACCGUCACAGCAGCAGACUGCACAGACCCCAUCCUGAGAGUCCAGGUCCUGAUGACACCAUCUCACCUGUCAGCUGAUAAUCAGGGUGAUUGAUUAGUGAUUGAUUAUCUGACCUCACAUCAGAACAUUUCUCUUCUUUUAAAUUGAAGCAAAUUUCUGAAUAUUGUUUAGUUGUGUUUUUUCAGGAGGAGCCUCAGAUUCACUGAUGGGUUCGAUUCAAGUUCACAUCGCAUUCACGUGAGAGAUUCAGUGAAAAGUCCUGGUGAAUGUGAAGCUCACGUGUAUUACAUCAUCAACAUGGUUUCUGUGGAGACCAAGAUCAUACGUGAGUUUUCAGUGUAAUGUCGCCACACAUCACAUGAUCAGUUAUUGAUCAUUGAUUGGGUGUUGAUCAGGCUCUGACAGAUUGAAGCACAAACUGAACUGUGUUGACUUUUGUUUCCACCUGCUUUUAUUUUGAAGAAAAAGACUCUUAGAACAGGAAGUUUGUUGUGGAGCGUCUCGGUGGAUCAGGACUUCCUGUCAGAACGGAUGCCUUAUCAAUAACCUUCAGACUGUCUGUGGACGCCUCAGACGUCAGCAGAAGAGCGAGAUGAUUGGUUGUGCAAUAUGACGCCAGCUGUCACACCUCAUGUCCCGUCUGCCCAUAGGGCAUAUCACCUGUGUCCCCUGAAUGCAUCGCAGUGACGUGUUCCCUGAAUACAUCAGAAUUACAGGCCACGCCCUUCGUGAUGCGUUCAGAGGACUGAAGGCAGGAAAUGCUCAUGCCUUUAAAACGAGACGUCCGCUGUGGCGUUCAGGUACUCACUGUCAGCUCGUAAGCUUCGGAUCUGAUCUCCACCUAUCAGCCGUCCUGUGAUCCGUUAUUUCCAACGUGUCGUAAACUUAUAAACAUGAAUCAUCAUGAAACAUUUCAUCAAACCAAGUGAAUUAUGUCAUUAGCAAUUAGAAAGAGACGCGACAGCAACCAGACAGCGCCCUCCCAGUGACCCACCUGCUUGUCAGUCGUCAUUCAUUCACUUCCUGUUUGUAAUGUUUUAAACUGAUCCAGUCAUCAGAGUCACUGAACACACCAGUGAUCAGGUGACCUGCAGUAACAGAAGGGGGCGGAGCCUGAGGUGUGACUCAGAAUCAGAGACUGAAGUGGGUGGGGUUUGUUCUUUGUGCCUCUGCUGACGAACCGUCGCUUCAGUAAAAACUCAUCUUGUAUUUAACUGUAAAACCAGUAAAACCAGUUCACGACUGAACGUCUCCGUCUUCUCUGUCCACUUCAACUUCAAACUUUAUUUGUUCAACUGGCGACGAUGGGAACAGAAGGACAACGUGCAUGUGACGUCACGGGGUGAUUUCCGCUACGGAAGCCGCAGCUGCAUGUAAACAAAGCUGCGGGUUCGAUGAAGACAAAGUCGGAGAUUGAUCAAUAAAGUUUGUUGAAACGGAGCCGGAGCAGAGUGUGAGGAUGGAGCCGUGCGGAGACUGAACCAGAACCAGAACCAGAACCAGAAACAUGUCCAUGGAAGACCCUUUCUUCGUCGUCAAAGGGGAGGUACAGAAGGCAGUGAACGCAGCACAGAGUCUCCAUCACAGAUGGAGCGAGCUGCUGCAGGAGGGGGGCGGAUCCUCCAAAGAGGAAAUGGACUGGACGACCAAUGAGCUAAGGAACAGUCUGCGGUCCAUCGAGUGGGACCUGGAGGACCUGGACGAGACCAUCAGCAUCGUUGAGUCGAAUCCCAGAAAGUUCAACCUGGAGGCUGCAGAGCUGACGAAGAGAAAAGCUUUCAUCACCAGCACCAGACAGACGGUGAAGGACAUGAAAGAACGGAUGUCGAGUCCAGCUGCUGCGUCCAAACAGGUUCUGCUGGGUGAGUGCGGUGCUAAAGGUCCGGUUGGGCAGCCUGGUCUGGAUAAAUACCGCCGACUGGAUCAGCAGCUGCAGAACGUCAACUCUCAGUUUAUAGACGAGCAGCAGGUGCAGCAGCAGCUGAUGGCGGAGCAGCAGGAUGAACAGUUGGAGCUGGUGUCCGGAACCAUCGGAGUCCUGAAGAACAUGUCGGAGCGGAUUGGCAUGGAGCUGGACGAACAGGCCGUGAUGCUGGACGACUUCAGCCAUGAGGUGGACAACACUCAGUCCAGACUGGACAACGUCAUGAAGAAACUGGCUAAAGUGUCUCGCAUGACCAGUGAUCGUCGUCAGUGGUGCGCUAUUGGAGUGUUGCUUGGCAUCCUCUUCGUCAUUCUCCUCCUUUUCUUCAUCCUCUGAUGCUUCCUCCUGUCAAUACAAAACUCAUCCUAACCCUGAGUCCACUGGACUGGACUCUUCUGGACUGGACUGGACUUGACUCUACUGGACUGGACUUGAAUGGACUCUACUGGACUGGACUGGACUAGACUCUACUGGGCUGGACUUGACUGGACUCGACUCGAAUGAGCUUGACGCUACUGGACUGGACUCAACUCGACUCUACUAGACUGGACUGGAAUCUACUGGACUUGACUGGACUUGACUGGACUGGACUCUACUGGACUGGAUUUGACUGGACUGGACUCUGCUGGACUGGUCUAGACUGGACUGGACUGGACAUCACUGGGCUGGACACCACUAGGCUGGACUUAGCUGGACUUAACUGGACUCGACUGGACUGGACUCUGCUGGACUGGUCUAGACUGGACUGGAAUGGACUCUACUGGACUGGACUCUACUGGACUCUACUAGACUGGACUGGACUCUACUGGACUGGACUGGACUUGACUGGACUGGACUUAACUGGACUGGACUCUACUGGACUGGACUGGACUGGACUCUACUGGACUGGACCCAACUCGACUCUACUGGACUGGAUCCUACUGGACUGGACUGGACUGAACUGGACUGGACUCUACUGGGCUGGACUGGACUGGACUGGACUGGACUGGUCUCGACUUGACUGAGCUCGACUCUGCUGGACUGGACUGGACUGGACUCUACUGGACUGUAGUGGACUGGUCUAGACUGGACUCCCUCGACUCUCCUGGUCUCUUCCUGCUGAGUGGGACUGAAAAGACUUUUGGUUCUUUAAAUGUUGGACAGUUAUUGCAGAGGUCAAAGGUCAUUUUAAAGACAAAAUGUUUGAAACAACUUUAACUCUAGUUUAAUUUCAUGUUUAGUUCUAACUUUUCACUUGAACAUCACUUUAACCUCCACGUUUACUCUGGUUUCAACCUGAUCUUAAUCUGAAAACACUUAAUAAUGCGAUAACACUAAAGUUUUGUUUGUGUUGAUGUUUUCUUGUUUACAUUUAGUUUUUUCCCCUAAUUUUACUGAAAACUUGACUGACGAGUGCUCGACAUUUUAUGUCUUUAUUUUCCUGAACCGUGUCGAUCAGUAGAUUUCAGAUUCUUGAUCAGUGGAUUUUUCGACUUUUAAUUUGUCAUUGAAACCACACACUUCCUGCCACUGCUUCACAAUAAAAGCCUUUUGUCAGGGGACCCUUGGAGGCUUUUAAUGUGAAGCAGCAGCAGGAAGUGAGUUGGCUGCAUGUCUGAUCUUAACGUUUAUGGUACGUGUGACAGGAAGAGCUCAGCUUCCUGUUCCUGCUGUCAUCAAAUAAAACCACAGAAGUGAUGCAAACCAGA